GUGCUGAUGUUAUGCAAUGCUUCAGUUCCCUUCGGUCGCCUCAUGGGUGCCCAGUGUUUUGUGAAUGGGAGCGAGAAGGAGGUGUCAGAGGAGGAGUUGGACUCGGACAAUCACGAGCUGACUGACGGAUUUCACUAAACCAGAAGACCAUUCACAUUACAGAGCAAAACCUGAGAAUAUACAGAGGUCCUAAUGAAAGGUGAAAAAGAAAUCAUGACCAAGGGGGAGGCAUCAAACGGGCCGAGCCGGCCGCUGGAGAUCGUCCCGAAUACAGAAGAGAAGAUGACCGAGCGUGGUCAGUGGAGCAACAAACUUGAGUUUGUGUUAUCUGUGGCGGGAGAAAUCAUCGGAUUGGGAAACGUCUGGCGUUUCCCGUAUCUCUGCUAUAAGAAUGGAGGAGGUGCGUUCUUCAUUCCCUACUUGAUCUUUCUGUUCUCCUGUGGUAUUCCUGUCUUUUUCUUGGAAGUCGCCUUGGGUCAGUACACCAGCGAGGGAGGAAUCACCUGCUGGAGGAAAAUCAGCCCACUGUUUGAAGGUGUCGGUUAUGCCACUCAGGUGAUUGUGGCCCUGUUGAACUUUUAUUAUAUAAUAGUUUUGGCAUGGGGAAUAUUUUAUCUCUCAAAUUCCUUCACCUGGACUUUGCCGUGGUCUACCUGCAACAACACCUGGAACACUGGUCAGUCACUUUUACAUUUUAUUCAAUAUUACAGAUACAUAAACUCAUCAAAGAGUAAGAAAAUCCUUGUUUGGUUGUUUUCUGUAGCGUCCUGCAUGGAAUUCCAAAGACGAAAUGAUUCCAUUGACCAAAGUCACAUGGAAAACGCAACCUCACCAGUCAUUGAAUUCUGGGAGAGGAGAGUUUUACGGAUCUCCUCUGGAAUCGAUGAGAUCGGAACGCUGCAUUGGGAUCUGGCGCUGUGCCUUCUCUUGGCCUGGGUGCUUUGUUACUUCUGUAUCUGGAAGGGCGUCAAGUCCACUGGCAAAGUGGUUUACUUUACCGCAACCUUCCCGUAUGUGAUGCUGAUAAUUUUGCUGAUCCGAGGGGUCACGCUGCCCGGAGCUUCCCGCGGGAUCCAGUUCUACCUUUAUCCUGAUCUUGGACGAUUAGCGGAUCCACAGGUAUGGAUGGAUGCAGGUACACAGAUCUUCUUCUCAUACGCCAUCUGUCUGGGUUGUCUGACUGCACUCGGAAGCUACAACAAAUAUAACAACAACUGCUACAGAGAUUCUUUGGCUCUGUGUUGUCUGAACAGUGGAACGAGUUUUGUCGCUGGAUUUGCCAUCUUCUCAAUUCUCGGUUUCAUGUCUUACGAGCAAAACGUUCCCAUUUCGGAAGUGGCAGAGUCUGGUCCUGGUUUGGCAUUCAUUGCAUAUCCGCGUGCCGUGUCCAUGAUGCCCGUCUCUCCGCUGUGGGCCUGCUUCUUCUUCAUCAUGAUUGUUCUUUUGGGAUUAGACAGUCAGUUUGUGUGUGUGGAGAGCCUGGUGACAGCGAUGGUGGACAUGCAUCCAACUAUCUUUCGCCGUAAGAACCGCAGAGAGCUUCUCAUUCUCGUCGUGGCUGUUGUGUCCUUCCUCGUGGGUCUCAUUAUGCUUACAGAGGGUGGGAUGUAUGUCUUCCAGCUGUUUGACUACUAUGCAGCGAGUGGAAUGUGUUUGCUCUUUGUUGCUAUUUUUGAGACGGUCGUCAUUGCCUGGAUUUACGGUGCUAAUCGAUUCUACGACAAUAUUGAGGAUAUGAUUGGAUAUCGUCCUGGGCCUUAUAUUAAAUACUGCUGGAUGUUUUUUACUCCAGCCACAUGUUUUGGUACGUUCGCGUUCUCCCUGAUCAAAUACACACCUCUGAAGUAUAAUAAUGAAUAUGUGUACCCGUGGUGGGGUUACACGCUGGGUUGGCUGCUGGCUCUGUCCUCGAUGGUUUGUAUCCCUCUGUGGGUUGUUUCUAAACUGAGCACGUCCAAAGGUUCGCUCAAAGAGCGUUUUCGUGAGCUCACCACUCCAUCUCCAGACCUGCCCAGGACCAGACGAGAUCAAGAAAAACUUCAGGCCAUUUUUGUGGCCGAUGGCGACAAUCUUCGGCAACGAGGCGUCUCGAACAAAGACGGCUACUUUCCUGUCAGCGAGAAAGAGUCGAACUGUUAGCCGUCCUGAAAGAACCGGAGCUGUGAGAGGAUCUUCUGUUAAACCUUUCCAUGAUACCUCACAAUACUGGUAGCCAAAUUACCCAGAAGACCUUUGCAAUGAUGCAACUGAUGUCUUGAGUGUUUGCUGUCACAGGCCAGAGUUUGUGAACGUUUGUUAUCUCUAAAAUCCAGCCGAUCUGAUCAAACUGUGAGAUAUUUGUACUUUCAGUGAGACAGAGAAAGCACCUGAUAAAGAUCUAAUAGUCAUUUAUUUUAACACAAAUUUGUCUUUAUAAACAUUUUUAAGUUUUAGGUUGACCCAAAUGUACUUCUUAAAAUCUUUUCCAUAUGUGCUUUGGCCUUUGGAUUGAUUUCAGUUCAAGGGUUGAAGGUGUCCUCCAAACAAAGCAUUUUAAAACUUCUUUAUCUCUCCGUUCGGACCCUUUGCCCAGCCGGUGGCAGAGAGGAACAGAAUCGAAACUGUAGAUGUUAAAAAUAGAAACUGUUGUUUCGGUUCAAACAAUCAAUACAUCUGCUUUCUAAGGAAGCAAAUUAGAGUUUUUGAAUCCAUGCAGAUAUGCAUCAUUAAUACAUUAAGUGACAUUAAAUACUUUAUUAUAGGCUAUAGACUUUCAGACAGUAUUAAAACAAUGUACAGUAUAAAUAUUAAUGAGAAUCAGUAGUAAUUAUUUACAAGGGUCAAUUAAUCUGCACAUAAAAAUGUUUCAGGAUGAAGCUGUCAUAUUUGGUCAAUCAAAUCCUAUCACAUGAUUUUGUAUCUUUAUUCUCUCAUAUGAAUGUUUGAAAGCACCGUAUAACAAUAUAGAGUUGAUCAAAAACAAUCACAUUACAUAUUGAGGAUCAAAUGUUUAUUUCCCCUUUAAAUUCACUGUAUUUUCAUGACUUCUUUGAUGUGGGUAACCACCACCUAUCUUAAUGUAUAUAUCAUGUACAGAACAGCUAUGUUUGAUUUUUACAACAUUGUACAAAAUGUGUUUGAUUUCCAGAUAUAUUACAUUACACAUGUAUGGACAUUACAUCAAUAAAAGAACAAAAACUA